AUGCACGACAUCAAUGUGCCCACCCAAUUUGGCGAAGGGACCAUUCGCCUCGGCUUCCCUCCAGCUUCUCUCCUUGCCUUCCCUCCUCAUGAGCUCCCAGUGACCAUUCCCGCCCCUCAUACCGAUUCUCCAACAUGGGAUCACCCCUGGAACAUCCCCAAUGACCUCUACACAAAGGUGCUGGAUGUCCGCGUACCCAUCACAAUCGCCACCGUCUAUGCGAUCACCGUCAUCCUGAUGAAUCGCAUCAACAAGAGCCGUGGAUACAAGCCAUAUGCCUUCAGCACCACCGGCUGGUUCAAGGCCUUCGUUAUCUUCCACAAUGUUUUCCUGGCCGUAUACUCCGCAUGGACUUUCGUUGGCAUGUUCUUGGCUUUCCGCGCCUCUUUCCCCGACAGUGAUGAUCCUCACGGUGCAAUUGGAGUUAUUGACUCCCUUUGCAAGCCCAUGGGACCCCGCGGUUACGGCAAUGCUGCUACCUACAGCCCGAUCACGAACCAGUGGUCGAUUCCCAACUCCUCCUUCCACUUGACCAACGGCAUGCCAGACCCCACCGAUGUCGGCCGUCUUUGGAACAAUGGCCUGGCUUACUUCGGCUGGUUCUUCUACUUGUCCAAGUUCUACGAGGUUAUCGACACUGUCAUCAUUCUCGCCAAGGGUAAGAAGAGCUCCACUCUGCAGACAUACCACCACUCUGGAGCUAUGAUGUGUAUGUGGGCUGGUAUUCGCUACAUGGCUGCUCCUAUCUGGAUCUUCUGCUUGGUUAACUCGGCCAUUCACGCUCUGAUGUAUACUUACUACACUCUCACUGCUCUCCGCAUUCGUGUCCCCAACGCCAUCAAGCGUACCUUGACCAGCAUGCAAAUCACCCAGUUCAUCUUCGGAACCAAUAUGGCCGCUGCCUACCUGUUCGUUCAAUACACUAUCCCAUACCCGUCCGGCAGCGCUGCUUUGCAGCAGAUCACCAAGGCCGCUUCCCUUGCUGCCACUGCCACUGCCGAGAUUGGUUCCAUUUCCUGGUUGAAGAAGCUGGCUUUCCGGGCUGCGGGCGCUGAGGGCAUCGCCGAGAACGUCGGCACUUCAUUCACUGCCGCCCCCGUCCAAGAGUCUGGCUACUCACAGCAGAUGGUGACCUGCAUGGACACUACCGGACAGGCCUUCGCCGUCUGGCUGAAUGUUUCCUACCUCUUGCCCCUCACCUACCUCUUCGCCCGCUUCUUCGUUCGCUCUUACCUCAACCGCAAAGACCCUGGAGUGAAGCAGCCCACCCAUAUGGAGGCCGCUGAGAAGGCCGGCAUGGACGCGCUGAAGGGUCUGAGCCGUGAGAUUCGCAAAGCUGCCAUCGAGGGUGAGAACAGCGAAGUGACCACUGACGACGAGGUCAUCAAGGCCCAGGUCCAGAAGAUCGCGGAGAAGAUCUCUCCUGAGUCGCAGAUCCGCACUCGCUCGGAUGCUAAGGCCAAGACUGCCUCAGCUUCCAGCCGAUCGGAGUCUGAGGAGGGCUUCGCCAAGGUCCCCGCAAAGAAGGGCGCCAAGAAGACCAAGGCCGACAAGGAGUCCCGCUCCGGCAGCCCGAACACCAAGGGCGAGAAUCCCUUCGGCGUGUUGGAUAACAAUGCUUGA